AACUCAGGAUAUCUUGGCCAUGAGCACUUCCUCUUUACAAACCUCCGUGGCAGUUUUUGCCCUAAUAAUUCUACAUGUCAGCACUCUGGAUACUUUUAAAGCUGCAGUGUAUGAACAUGCUGUCAUACUGCCAAAUGACACAGAAACACCUGUUUCUCCAGAAGAGGCCUUGUUCCUCAUGAACAAGAACAUAGAUAUUCUGGAGAAGGCAAUUAAGCAGGCAGCUGAGCAGGGUGCUCAGAUCAUCGUGACCCCAGAAGAUGCACUUUAUGGAUGGAAAUUUACCAGGGAAACCAUUUUCCCUUAUCUGGAGAAUAUCCCAGAUCCUCAGGUGAACUGGAUUCCAUGUCAAGACCCUCACAGAUUUGGUCAUACACCAGUACAAGCAAGACUCAGCUGCCUGGCCAAGAACAACUCUAUCUAUGUUGUGGCAAAUAUGGGUGACAAAAAGCCAUGUAAUUCCCAUAAUACGAUGUGUCCUUCUAAUGGCCAUUAUCAAUACAAUACCAACGUGGUAUAUGAUGCAAAGGGAAAGCUGGUGGCGCGUUACCAUAAGUACAACCUCUACCGUGAGUUUCAGUUUGAUGUCCCCGAAAAGCCAGAGUUGGUGACUUUCAACACCACCUUUGGAAAGUUUGGCAUUUUCACGUGCUUUGAUAUCCUCUUCCAUGAUCCUGCUGUGACCCUGGUGAAAGAUUCCCAUGUGGACACCAUAUUGUUUCCCACAGCUUGGAUGAACGUUUUGCCCUUUUUGACAGCUAUUGAAUUUCAUUCGGCUUGGGCAAUGGGAAUGAGAGUUAAUCUUCUUGCAGCAAACACACAUAAUGUCAGCCUAAAAAUGACAGGCAGUGGUAUCUAUGCACCACACUCUCCCAAAGUCUACCAUCAUGAUAUGGAAACAGAGUCAGGAAAGAUCCUCUUUGCAGAGGUGGAUUCCCAUCCCCGAAACUCCUUGACCUACCCACCAGCCAUGAAUUGGAGUGCCUACGCCACCUCCAUCACACCCUUUCCAGGACCUAAAAAUUCCUUCAGGGGAUUUAUUUCCCGCGAUGAGUUCAACUUCACAAAGCUCUCUGAAAGUACAGGAAACCUUACAGUCUGUCAAAAAGAGCUCUGCUGUCAUUUAAGCUACAGAAUGUUAGCAAAGGAGGGGGAUGAAGUGUAUGUUCUAGGAGCUUUUGCAGGACUCCAUGGGAGACGGAGAAGAGAAUAUUGGCAGGUAUGCACAAUGCUGAAAUGCAGAUCUACUGAUUUGACAACUUGUGGACAGCCAGUAGAAACUGCUUUGACGAGAUUUGAAAUGUUCUCUCUAAGCGGCACAUUUGGAACAGAGUAUGUUUUUCCUGAAGUGCUACUUACUGAAAUCAAGCUGGCACCUGAAAAAUUUGAGGUACUAGAAGAUGGGCGUUUGGUAAACAGGAAUGGAUCAUCUGAGCCUGUCCUAACAGUGUCGCUCUUUGGGAGAUGGUACACCAAGGACGCACAUUCCAUCUCAGGCGGGACCAGCAACUCAGCAACAACGUACCUGAUGAUACCCACAUUAUUACUGAUCAUAACCUUGCAGUAUGCUGUGAUGGUGUAGAACAUCACUUUAUCAUAUUCAUUGAUUCAUCUCAGAUUUACUAAGAAACAUUGAAUGACUAGCUCACUAGUAUAGACCAAUGAUUUCCAAAUAUUUUUUCCUCAUCAAGGAUUAUUUUUAAGGACUACAGUAAUUUUGCCUCUUUUUUUUGGCUAUGCUGAAAUGUCACAGUAUGGUAUAAUGGUAUGAUCGCUGUUUGGGCCAGAUAGAUGAGGAUCAAAUCCUGGCUCCAGCCUUGUUUGCCAUAUAACAUGUGUCUACUUGUGUGUCUGUUAGCAGGAGCAGAAGAGAUUCAGGGACAUUUUAAAUGUAAUGAUGGCCUUGGAAGAGAGCAGUAAUGGUGGGAAUGAGGGGAACUGAAGAGAUUUAUGACUGAAUUCCAUUUGACAUUAAAGACAAUUUGAAUUUA